CCACAGAUGGCCUCAGCAACAGCAACCUACGGGCAGAAGGAGUCUUCGGACCAGAACUUUGACUAUAUGUUCAAGAUCCUCAUCAUUGGCAACAGCAGUGUGGGCAAAACCUCCUUCUUGUUCCGCUACGCCGACGACUCCUUCACACCGGCCUUUGUCAGUACGGUGGGCAUCGACUUCAAAGUGAAGACCAUCUACAGGAAUGACAAGAGGAUCAAAUUACAGAUCUGGGACACGGCAGGUCAGGAGCGUUACCGCACCAUCACCACGGCCUACUACCGAGGAGCUAUGGGCUUCAUCCUCAUGUAUGACAUCACUAAUGAGGAGUCCUUCAACGCCGUCCAGGACUGGUCGACUCAGAUUAAGACGUACUCGUGGGACAACGCCCAGGUGCUGCUGGUAGGGAACAAGUGCGACAUGGAGGACGAGCGAGUGGUGGCCGGAGAGAGAGGCCGACAGCUCUCUGAACACCUGGGUUUUCAGUUCUUUGAGGCCAGCGCCAAGGACAACAUUAAUGUGAAGCAGACCUUUGAGCGGCUGGUGGACAUCAUCUGUGAAAAGAUGUCCGAGAGCCUCGAUGCCGGAGAUCCCGCUGUCACAGGGGCCAAACAGGGGCCCCAGCUGACAGAGCAGCCCGCUCCUCCUCACCAGGACUGUGCAUGUUAAAGCUGGCUACUCCCCCAAAAACCCUUUUCCUGCCUCCUCCUACUUGUCCUCCCUCAGCAGGACCCCGGGGCCUCGGGUCAAAUACUACAUCACCUGUUUUACUCACUUCCUGCUUAUUUCUGUAACCUAGUAAGGAUCAUUGGCUGAGGGACACAAGAACCAGGUUUAAAAGUUACUGAAAUGAUGCUAGUCGACCAGUACUCGCUGCAUGUUUCCGUAUGGUUCCUAUUCAUAAAAGAUCUUAAAGGUAGGUUUUUGAUCAGUGCAGUCUGACGCCAAAGCAAGUUCAAUCGAGUGUUUCAUACUCUUUAUAAACCUGGUUCUUGAAGGUUCCCGACCCAUCUUCCUUUGUCUCCCUGUUCCUCAACGUGGUUUAAAAAGAAGGAUUUGAAGGCGACCGUCCUCAGAGUGCCAUUUAAAUCCUUCCGAUGUUUACAGUUCUUUGUUUCAUGUCAGUCAAAUGUCUUGAAAAUAUGUCAGUGGAUUAAUGUGGGAGGGGUGAUCCAGCUGAAAUCUGCUCCACUCUGAUGUGUUACAUUUCUGUCAUGAUUCUGGAUGCAAAGUGAAUCAACAUACAUGGAUCUGUGUGCUAUUCGUCGAUUCAGCUGGUAUCUAAGCAUAGCUUUUGCAGGUAUGAGCAAUUGUUUUGUUUUCAUUAUCCAUCUGAGCCUUUUCAUUUGGCCUUUUUUUAUGUUUUUGUAUUCUGGUGCCCCAUUUAUUCUUUCGGGACUGGGUGGGGAAAAUAUAAACAAGUUAGAGAUACGUAAAAAAAUUGCAAAAGAAUUAAGAGACACGUUUUAUUUAAUUAUAUUUAUUUCAAAUGUACAUAUAAAUGUUGUGCAAUAUAUAUAAUAUCUACAGGUAUGCAUUUCUUGAAAUGAAUUAAAAAAGGUAUGAAAUUCUAUGAGGAUAGUAUCAAAUAUAGGAGGUCUGUGUUGUUUGGUUUGUUUGGAUGAUGUGUGGAAUGGUGUGCACCCUCGGCAGCUCCUCCGUGAGUCGUUUCAUUUUCAUGUCCCUUUUGUCUCAUGCUGCCUUUCGGAGAAGUCAGAAAUUCAAACUUCCCCCUAAGAGAAACACCGGGAAAUGACCCUUUAAGUCUGAAUAUAAAUUGGAAACUUACAACUAUGUUUAUCAUCCACCAAAUCCACUCGGUGUACUGUUAAAAGUGAAUAAUUUUAAAAUGGCUCUAAUAUUAUAAGAAAGAAAAUGUUGAGGCAUUUUGUCACAACUGCCUUAAAAUUACAGAAAAUGUUCAACUGUAAGGAAAACAUUUUGCGUAGCACAGUUGGGCUGGCUAACCAUGCUACUUAUUGACAUCAGGGUAUUAGGCAAAGAAAAUGCAGCAGUUGAUGCAAAGCAUUUCAAAUGAAAUUAUGUGAAAACUUAUAUUUUUACCAUCUUUCCAUAAUCUUAAACAUUUCCUCAUUCUCUAGAAUUUGAUGGAAUGGGUUUGGAGGAUGCAAAAAAUCUGUCUGUUAUACGUAUGGUGUUUUGCCUGUGUAUUUAUCUGAUAGUUUCAAGGGAGUGGAAGAAAACAUCAGGAGAGACUAGAAUUACAUGUGACACACAGUACAGACAGAGAUCAGCGACUUCGUGUUUCCUGACAAACAGCCAAACAGUAAGCAGCUCCUUCAAAAUCAGUAUUAAAGCAUCUGUUUUUCUGUUUCCUAUCGCCAACGCUCAGUCUUCAGGUGAAGAACAAAGAGAACUGUUAAACAAGAAUCAAAUAGCUGGAGGCUGAAAUGUUCACUGUUUUCUAACAUGCCUGGAGUCAAUGCAGGAUUUAAAUAUUUUGUAUAUAUUCUUGAUUCGAACCCAUGUGUAACGGCCACAUUUCUUCUCACAGCUGUUUUUUAAGCCUACUUAACAUCUCUCAUUCUGGUUGCGGAGUUCCCCCCUACACCAACACUUGUUUAAAUAAAAUGUCAACAGUUAGAACUGGCUUGCCAGGCGCUCCUACUUUUCACUUCACCAAAGAUUGCUUUUAGGAAACCAGGAUGAGCAGUGUGACCAAGUUUAAAACUGUAUUAAAACAGCUGCUGCUUGGAGGACUGAAGUGAACGCUGGACAUUUAGAAAUAAUUCUCUCACUGUUAUGCUGUUGGGAAAUGCUAUCAGAAAUGUUGAAUUGCUUUAGUUUUCAGUAAUAACAGAUAUCAAGGAGAAGAGAGGGCAAAACAUUGUAAAAACAUGAUGGAAGUCAAAGUCUAAUUCAGAAAAGCAUUUAUUUUUCAGAGUAAAUGUUGCAUUAGUUAUGUAUUACAGUAAUUGUGGCAUACAAACCUGAAAUCACAGUCAAGACACUGACUGAAAGGUUUAGAAAAUGAGGUCCCUGGUAAAGUGGCCCUUUAAUGUAUUUACUAUUAUAAAAAGGGAGUGAACAUCACGACAAACCUGGGAGAAUCAUUUUAUCCUGCGUAUGUUUUACUUCUUACUGGAUGUGACUGUUUCUUUUCGGGUAAAAUCGAAACUUUUAAAUUGUUCUCCUUUCUAAUAUGUCUUCCUCUCUAUAUAAACCAGAUCUGUAAAUACUGUCCCUUUGAGUCAUAUAUGUGGAUUGUGUUGUACCGACUCAGGCUUGCAACAAAGAAAUAAAAGAGGAAAAAAGACAGUAAAAAACCUAAAACCACACAAAAGAGCCAUGUUGUUCUGUAUCUGCAUUCAUUAGGCCUUCAUUGUUAAUGAAUGUGUCACUCUGUUACAAAAGCAAUACACAAUACAGCAUCUACACAAAAAAAUGAAAUGCCAUCAAGCUUGUUAGAAUUUGCAGACUUUAGAUCUUCUACUCGCACGCAGGAACAUGUACUUUAUUUGGUCUCGUGUCACUGCCUCUUUACAUCCUCCUCAGUUUGGGCCAGAGAGAAUAUGCUGUGGAUGUUUUUAUCUGUACUUUGUGGUAAAACAAUAAAAAGUUACUAACAAUCA